AAAGAUAGAAAAUUCUAGAAAGGUCUUUUUUCUUUCUUAUCUUUUUCUAUAUAUGUGAUACAAAAAUAGAUUUCCCCAAUUUUUGACCUUCUCAUUUUCUUUCAAACUCGGAUUCUGUCAAAUCCCAAUCGCGCAAUCUCCUGGUUGUGUUUUGUGUGAUUGUGUGUGUUUGUAGGUGUUGUCAUGGCAUCUAAACGUAUCUUGAAGGAGCUCAAGGAUUUGCAGAAGGACCCCCCUACCUCAUGCAGUGCUGGUCCUGUGGCCGAGGACAUGUUCCAUUGGCAGGCGACAAUUAUGGGACCUGGUGAUAGCCCAUACACGGGUGGUGUUUUUCUAGUUUCAAUUCAUUUCCCUCCAGAUUAUCCAUUCAAGCCUCCAAAGGUUGCAUUUAGGACCAAGGUAUUCCACCCAAACAUUAAUAGCAAUGGAAGCAUAUGUCUUGAUAUUCUCAAAGAACAAUGGAGCCCGGCACUAACCAUUUCCAAGGUGCUGCUGUCCAUAUGCUCUUUGCUGACGGACCCCAACCCCGACGACCCGCUUGUCCCCGAAAUUGCACACAUGUACAAGACGGACAGGGCAAAAUAUGAAGCCACUGCUCGCAGUUGGACUCAGAAGUACGCGAUGGGGUAAAACCAAAGGUUCCGGCAUUUGUUAAAGGCUUGCAAAUGCAUGAACUCCAUCCCCUUUUAAGUGAACAUUGGAAAUAUUGAAAAGUUAUCUAUUUGUGAGACUUAAAGUUGAUCAAGGAACAAGUUCGCAUUUGUGAAUAUUCAUUUGAAGGCAUUCGAGAUGGAAGGACAAAACAAGUGUAAUGUAUCGUUGCUAUGAUAUUUAAGUGAAUGGUUUGUUUGUUGAAGAAAUAAUGCUUUUUAAGUGCACGAUUGCUUUA